GCCGAGCACAGGUCGGCCGUGGCGAGGACUAGGCCGCGACCGCUUCUUGUUGAUUCUCAUUCUGAUUUUUGACUCGCCCUUUUUUUUGAUUUUUUGUUUAUUGUCAACCCGUUCCCGUCCGGCACCCUUUUCCCCCGAGAACGCGCCCAGGACGGCCAAUUAGCCGCCAAGCGUUUUCACCGCUUUUCUUUUUUUCCAGUUGGCGAGAUGUCGUCGGUCGCCGGAGAUUCGCCAGUCGCGAGCCCAGCUCCUUCUGAUGUGUCACAAGAUCUCGGGGAGGCCGUCGCAACGAUGGGUCCAGACAAAGGAAACGAAAAGGCGAAGGACAAAAGAAUACCGGUCACAGAGGCUGAAAUGAAACUCAGGAAAAAACUGUACCCAGAUGUGUCUGUCAUUAAAAACCAGAAGAUUCUAUGUACAGCCUGUUUCAAUGAUAUAAAGCAUGUAAUCCUUUUAAAGGAAAAUUUGUAUGAACAUAUCUUCCUGAAGGUUGUACUUUGUAAGCAUUGCUAUGAAUUUUACGGGGAUGGGGAGUUUUCCAACGAUGAGGACGGUUUUGAUAAAUACUGCAGUUGGUGUGGUCAAGGGGGGCACCUAUUCAUGUGUUCCAAAUGCCCGCACGUAUUUUGCAAGAAAUGCCUUAAGGUAAAUUUUGGUAGAAGUUAUGCAAAUAAAGUAGAAGACAAUGACUGGCAGUGCCUAUUUUGCAAGCCUGAAGUUUUAUACGAGCUCAGGGCACUUUGCUGGGCCGUUAAAGAACAUCUAAAAAACAUUAAGAGCAAGUCAAAUGCUAAAAUUGAGACUUCGCAGAGCAAAUCAAGAAAGUCAAUAUUAGACGUCAGUGUGUUUGAUACAAACAGUGAUUAUACCGAGCACAUUCUCAAAGCCACAGACAAGUAUAAUAAUUACUUAACAAAUUUGAGAAAGUUCUGUGAUAUUCUUGAAGUUGAUCUUGGCAAAAAACAUUCACAGUUAUCUGAAAUAAAAUCUCUCAGUGAUUUAAAUGGGUUUGCUGAUUCUUGUAAUGACGUGUUGAUUUCUUCGAUACAGACUUUAAACACAUUCAAGAAGUCUAUGCACAGUUAUAUGAAGAAGUGGCAAAAGCAAGUUACAACGAAUGCUAAAACUGAAAAUGUAAUAGCAUCGGAACAAGUCAUUGAAUUAAUCGACAGUGAUGAAGAACAAGACAGUGAGAACGAAAGCAAAAAGAAUGGGGUUAAAACGAAGGAUGGCAGAUUAUUUAACAUUGAAAUGAUUAAAAGUGGUAUUAAGAGGCAAAAGGAUUGCUCACAGAAGAAAACCGACGUGGUAGACUUGAGCUCGGAUGAUGAACCGCCAUCUAACCACUUGAAAACUAAUCAAAACCAGUCAAAAGACUGUGUGGUGAAGUCUGAAAUUAACACUACAGAAAUGUCUGCAUUUGAAGAGUCGAUAUUAAACGAUCCCCUUACCAGUACCACCAAUGAAAAUAAAGAUACGGAACCUUUUCAAAAUAAUGAAAUGGAAGUUAGUUGUGACUUAUUUGAUGGUUUAACAGAUGACUUACAACUAGAUUCUACUUUAGAACCCCCUCGUAGUGAAUUUGAGGAAUUGCAAUUGUCAGAAGAGGUACAAUGUUCUUCGUCCAAAACAGGUGAAAGAAAAGCUUCAAGCAGUAAAAUUGGAAGUGAUUCAGAAUCCGAGAGGGAAGAAAAGGCAGCAUUUAAUGAUAAAAACAAAGCUGGAAAGUUGGCAAAGAAAAAAAUGGUGUCUGAUUCAUCAAAGGAUGACUCAGACCACGAUCUCAAAAAUGCCUUCAGCGAUUCUAGCAGUGAUAUUAAUAAAAAGGAAUUAUUUCCAAAGAAAUCUACAAAAAAGGAGAAAAGCAAGAAAAGAAUCGCAAGAUUGUCUUCCUUGGAAUGUGGCUCUUCUGCUACAGAUCCAUUGGGAACUCAUUCAUCGAGUGAAGAAGAUUUUAAAGCAAAAAACAAAAAGAAGCCUGUUCUAAAAAAACAAAAACGCAAUAAGGAGAAAACUACCCAAGAAGACAAAGAAAAAUAUUUCAGUUCUUCUGAUGAAGACUUCAAGAAAUUUCUUGACAUAUCUAGUCUCAAUUAUAAACAAAAAGAGUACACCAAUGAAUAUAACAGUGGAAGUUCUUGCGGCACAAGCCCAGAACAAAAAAAAGGGACUAAGUCUGGAACAAAAAAUACCAACAAAGGAUUGUCAUUAUUGGACUGCCUGGAUGAAAGUGGAGAGGAGGAAGGCAAAACAAAGGAUAAUGAAGGAGGGAAGGAUGAUGACGAUGUGUCAAAUGUAUUUGAUUUGAAUAUUGAUUUGGAACCAUCAUUUAAAAUUAAAAGAAGUGAAGAUGGUCGUAUUUUAAGUACACUUUUAAGUGAAGAUUCAGAUUCUGUAGACACAGUUGCCUCAGAAAUCCAGUUGGAUAUAUCAGAUGAUGAAAAACGGAAUCCAAAGAAAAAAGCGCUGGAAACAAAAUCCAAAGGAAAUGAAAAUAAGGAGAAAAGGACAACUAAUUCGAAGAAGAGGUACACGGAUAAGCUCCUUUCGCAGAAGCUCAGCGAUGAUUCUUGUAGUGAUGAAGAUAAAGUUAUACAGAAAAAGGAGAGAACUGAAAAGAAAAUUGUGAAAGACAGCACAUCUGAAAAGAGAAAGAAAAUUGGAAAGAGGAAUAGACUAUUUUCAAACAGCGAAGACAGCUCAUCAUUCCACGAACCGUCUUCUUCUUCUUCUGACGAUGACGAUUUUGGUUCAGAAGACAAAGAAAAAAAGCCUGCCGAAACGACAAAUAAAAAACGCAAACGGAUUCAGGUUCAGACAUCUUCAGAUUCAGAUGCUUCUGGAAGUACCCGUCGAAAAAAGUCAAAUGUGGAAGACAGUGGUGGCAAGGGCAGGAAAAACAUAAGACGUGUUCUGAAAGAGGAUGACCUGAAGGAAUCAACUCAGGCAGCUUUAAAAGAAGAGCAAGAAAGAAAGAAACGGAUUGCCGAAAAGCAAAAAUUAUAUAACAAAUUGAUGGAGAUUGCAAACACAGAGGUGGAAGAACUCAAGGAGGUCGUCUUAGACUUCGAUCCCGAUACCAAAACACCUCUAUUGUCAGUCGACCCUGAUUUGGUUAAAAAAUUGAAGCCCCAUCAGGCGAGUGGGGUCAAAUUCAUGUGGGAUUCUUGUUUUGAAUCGCUCAAAGACCUUUCAAAUAAGAAAGGUUCCGGCUGUAUUUUGGCUCAUUGCAUGGGCCUCGGAAAGACUCUUCAGGUUAUAACAUUGGCGCACACCAUCCUCUCAAACAAGGAAUGCAAAGUAAACACCAUUCUUGUCGUUGCUCCCGUCUCGACAGUAUUAAAUUGGGUCUCAGAGUUCAACAAGUGGCUUAAGGAUGUCGGCUCCGGUCAAGAUAUUGAAGUUUUUCACUUUUCAAAGGUUGAUGCUGCAUAUCGAACUCAUCAACUGAAGGAAUGGCACAGGUGCGGUGGUGUCAUGAUCAUGGGCUACAACCUUUUUAGAUCAUUGUCAAAUCCACCUGGGAAAGUUAAAAAAAGUUAUAAGCAAACUUACACCGAAACACUUUUAGAUCCAGGUCCUGAUGUUGUCAUUUGUGAUGAAGGCCAUAUUCUUAAAAAUGAAUCGACAGCAAUAUCCAAAGCUAUGAACAAACUCAAGACGCUCAGGAGAAUUGUCCUGACGGGAACACCAUUGCAGAACAACUUAGUCGAAUAUCAUUGCAUGGUACAGUUUGUGAAGCCCAACUUGCUCGGUACAAGAAAAGAAUUCAAGAACCGAUUUGUGAAUCCCAUUCAAAACGGUCAGUUUGAAGAUUCAACGAACCACGAUGUUAAGAUUAUGAAGCGGCGAGCUCAUGUACUCCACACGAUGCUUGAUGGGAUUGUUCAAAGGAAAGAUUAUAACGUACUUACUCCUUAUUUACCGCCCAAGUUUGAGUAUGUGAUUCAUCUAAAAUUAACAGACCUCCAGUGCAAGCUUUACAGGUUUUAUUUGGACAAUGUAAUCCAGACCAGUGACAUCUUAAAGAGAAGGCUGUUCGCCGAUUUUCAAAAUCUAAUGAGGAUUUGUCUUCAUCCUCGAGCGUUAUUGAUGAAGGCUGAAAAAGAUGAAAUCGCGAGAGUGAUGAAUUGUGAUGAUGAGGAAGGAUCUCUGAAAGACUUCAUUGAUGAUGGUGAUGGUGACUCAGAGAGUAAAAGUUCCCUCUCUGAAACGACAGAAUCAUCUGAUUCUGAUUCUAAUACUUCACACCAAUCAAAAUCAACAAGACGAACAAGACAAAAUAAAAACAUGGUGGAGGAGGAGGAAGAAGUUGUUGAAACGAAAAAAGAAUGGUGGUCAGAUCUAGUUGUAGAAGACGAUUGGGAGGAUAUAACCCGAAGUUCAAAGCUUUUCCUCUUUUUCACAAUUUUAAAGUACUGUGAAGAAAUUGGGGACAAAAUUCUCGUGUUCAGUCAAUCAUUGUACACAUUGGACAUUAUUGAAUAUUUCUUAGAGAAAUUAGACGAAAAUAAAGAUGGAGGAAAUAAUCAAUUUGCAGGUUCUUGGAUAAAGGGUGCUGAUUAUUUCAGACUUGAUGGUUCCACUGGUACUGAUUACCGUCAUUCCUGGUGUAAAAACUUUAAUAAGGAAUCUAAUACUAGGGCGAGGUUGUUUCUCAUUUCAACGAGGGCAGGAGGUUUAGGCAUAAAUUUGACUGGGGCCAAUCGAGUAAUCCUGUUUGAUGCCUCUUGGAAUCCUUCGUAUGAUGUACAAAGUAUAUUUAGAGUUUAUAGGUUUGGGCAGACAAAGCCUUGUUACAUUUAUCGGUUUUUGUCUAAGGGCACAAUGGAAGAGAAGAUUUAUGAAAGACAAGUUGCUAAACUUUCUACUUCACUUCGAGUUAUCGACGAACACCAAAUUGAUCGGCAUUUUUCACAUUCAGCAUUAGCGGAAUUGUACAGCUUUGAUCCCGAAGGAUCGGAACUGCAAGGGGUACCAAUACUGCCAAAGGACCGUUUGAUGGCUGAGCUUCUUCAAAACCAUAAAGAUAUAAUUCUUUCUUAUCAUCAGCACGAUUCUUUGCUCGAAAACAAAGAGGAUCAAGAACUUACAGAGGAGGAGAGAAAAGCCGCUUGGGAUGAAUAUGAAAAUGAAAAGAAUCCACCUGCAUUUACACAGCAGAUGACAAUGGACCAAUCUCAACAAAAAAUUUAUGGCCAAUUAUUAGUUCUGCACAAUAUUCAAGACAAGUUAAAGAAACAGAAUCCAUCUCUGACGAAGGAACAACUGUACGAGAAGUGCUAUACAGUAUUGAUGUCAUUCCCAGAAUUUCAAAUGACGAAAGAAAAAUAUGCGCAGCUUGAUGCGCAGUUGAUCCAGCUGCAAGCCAUGAAUCUCCCGCAGUUUAGUGUGAGUAAUAAUAUUCCACAGAAUCUACCACAGCAGAGCUUCCAGUACAGGGCUCCCCAGCCAAUGAUGAACUACUACAACGUCAAAACAUUUCCCACCCCACAAAACAUAGUUGUGAACAGGCCUGGAGGGCUGCGAGGUCCAAAUGUGCAAUCGACAAUUUUAGCCAACAGUUCGAAUAGCCAGAACAGAAUGAAUUUGCAGAACAGUGCUGCGAACAAUCAAUGGUACAGGCAAACGAUGGUCAAUACAUUACCCCGGAAUAAAAGGCCUCAAACAAAUUCAGUAGUGUUGGUGGAUGACUCGGUUGUGCAUGAUAUAGAUUGAUUUAAAAGCUAAAUCAAACUUUAAGUUCGAUUUUAAUCAGUGGCUGUGCAAUCUGCUACGUUUAUUGUUGAUGUCAACUACAUAACUAUUUCUUUGUAAGUCGUUUUAUUUAUUGAAACAAAAUUAUUUGAUUUAUAUACAUCUAUGUAUGUUAAUAUACACAUAGAAAUUAACUUUGAGAAUAGAGUUCCUGUAAAAAAAUUUUGUGCUAUUUUUUAAAAAUUGUGUUGAUGAUUUCAUCUGU